AUGCUUGUCGAGCAUCCCACAAGAUUUCACAAGUUGUUCCGCAUGACACAAGAAGUUUUUACAGAUCUUUUAGCAGAACUCGUAGGAUCUCAUGGCCUCCAUGGGUCUAUGAGAAUGACUGACCGUGAGGUGUUGGCGAUUGCUCUUUUUAUAUUAUCACAGAAUGAGUCAAUGUGUGGUGCGAUGGAACGCUUUCAACACUCAUCAGAGACAAUUAGCAGGUACUUCUCAGUGGGUUUGAGUGCUUUGGUGAGCCUCGCAAAACAAGUUAUAAAGCCAAUAGAUCCAACGUUUUCACGAACUCCUACAGACAUUCGCCAAGAUCGACGCUACAUGUCAUUCUUUAAGGAUUUCAUCGGUGCGAUAGAUGGAACACAUGUUGAUGCACGGGUUUCAAAUGAUGAGAAAGUUGCAUUUAUCGGACGUAGUGGACCACAACGCAAAAUGUCAUGGCAGUUUGCGACUUUAAUAUGUGUUUCACAUUUAUCAUGCCUGGUUGGGAGGGUAGAGCCCAUGAUAGUAGGAUUUUCAAGAGUGCAACACGAAAUCCUCAUUAUUGUUUUCCCCAUCCUCCUCAAGGUUCAACAUCUUACAGGAAAGUAUUAUUUGGUGGAUGUCGGUUAUCCAUUGCAGCGAGGGUAUCUCAAACUAUAUCCUGAUACGAGAUAUCAUAUACCUGAUUUUGAACGAGCAAGUAAUGCUACGAGAAACAGAAAGGAGGUGUUCAACAAAAGAUAUUUCUCUUUGCGAGGCGUCAUCGAGCGGACAUUUGGUGUCUGGAAGAAGAAAUGGGUGAUCUUACGUGAUAUGUCUCCUUAUGCCCUCCUUACCCGUUUCCAAAGCAGGUUCAAAUUGUGA